AUGGAGACUUGUAUUGAACAAGACAGACUGGGUCAAGCAUUUGAAGAUGCUUUUGAGGUACUGAGGCAACAUUCAACAGGCAGUCUCCAGUACUCCUCAGAUUACAAAAGUUACCUGGCUUUCAUCAACCAUUGCCCUUACAUCAGAGGAAACUCCAGCUGCUAUGGAGUGUUGCCUACAGAAGAACCUGCCUGUAACUGGAGAGCUGUAAUUAACAAUGCUGCGGACUACUAUCUUGAAGGAAAUAUUCAUCCAUCUCUGCAGAAUAUCACUGAAAACCAGUUGGUACAACCUGCUGCUCUCCAGCAAAAGGGAGGAAAAGGCAGGAAGAAGCUCCGACUGUUUGAAUACCUUCACGAAUCUCUGUGUAACCCCGAGAUGGCGUCUUGUAUUCAGUGGGUAGAUAAAACCAAAGGCAUCUUUCAGUUUAUAUCAAAAAAUAAAGAAAGACUUGCAGAACUUUGGGGAAAAAGAAAAGGUAACCGGAAGACCAUGACUUACCAGAAAAUGGCCAGAGCACUGAGGAAUUACGCAAGAACUGGGGAAAUCAUCAAAAUCCGGAGAAAGCUAACUUACCAAUUCAGUGAGGCCAUUCUCCAAAGACUUUCUCCAUCUUAUUUCUUGGGGAAAGAGAUCUUCUACUCACAGUAUGUUCAACCUGAUCAAGAAUAUCUCAAUUUAAAUAAUUGGAAUGCAAGUUAUAAUCAUACAUAUGGCAAUUACCACGAGCUAAGUCACUCUGAUUGCCAAGUAUAG